CCAUAGGUUACGUACGCAAGACACAAGUGCGUGUCCUCCGGGAAGAGAACAUAGAACCGCUCUUUGAGUUGUGCGAUUCUUUUUUGUCAUCAUUGUGCUUCCGUGGUUCGGCAACGCGGAAACUGCUAUUUCGCCGACAAAACAAUCGGCACAUGGCACGUUAACUCGAGGUGACGUUAAAUCGAGUGGCAGGAAAGCGAAAGGGAUCGAAAGAGUGUACAUAUAUAUAUAUAUAUAUGUGUGUAUGUCCAACGCGCACGGCCCAGCCUCUUAACUGCGUGCGUGCAUGCGUGCGUGCGUGCGUGCUUGCUUGCUUGCUUGUUUGCUUGCUUUUAUUUCUACGUCCUGUUAGGAGCAUCCAGGAAAUUUAAGAGUCGUCAGGAUGACCAGCAGUGAGCAAACACGCGAGCAAACAAUCAGCAACGUCGAGACCGAGUAUUACGAGAUCAACUCCAAGGGCGCUUGGUCGACGCUUUUUCAGCAUAUACGUAAUGAAUGUGGAAAUUAUGAGUAUACAUGCAAUGAAGCAAGAAAACCACAGAACAAAAUUCUGAAUCGCUACAGGGAUGUGGCACCAUAUGAUCAUACUAGAGUUAUUCUUAAAAGAGGUGUAUGUGAUUAUAUACACGCCAAUCUUAUAAAAGUGGAACGUGCUAAUAGGCAAUAUAUUCUGACGCAAGGCCCUUUGUCAAAUACUGCCGGCCACUUUUGGCUAAUGGUAUGGGAGCAAAAUAGUAAAGCUGUAUUGAUGUUAAAUAAGAUAAUCGAAAAGUAUCAAAUUAAAUGUCAUCAAUAUUGGCCUCUGGAUGAUUCAAAACCUAUUAUGACGUUUGAAGAUGUUAAUUUAGAGGUGGAAUAUGUCAGCAAAAUAGAAUCGUCAGACUACACUACUAGAACAUUACGUAUAACGGACUUGGAAACUGAAGAUAGUAGAGAAAUCUUACAUUUUCAUUAUACCACUUGGCCAGACUUUGGAGUACCACAAAGUCCAACGGCCUUUUUACGUUUCUUGGCAGACGUUAGGCAAUCAGGAGCAUUAGAUCAAAAUGUUGGUCCACCUGUUGUUCAUUGUUCCGCAGGAAUAGGAAGAUCAGGAACAUUGUGCUUGGUUGAUUCAUGCUUAGUACUGAUCGAGAAAAAUGGUUUAAACGCUGUGAAUGUGCGCGAAGUAUUAUUGGAAAUGAGAAAAUCACGUAUGGGUCUGAUACAAACGUCGGAACAAUUGCGUUUCUCGUAUGCUGCCAUCAUUGAGGGAGCAAAACAAUCGCCACUUGGCAACUCGAAUACUGAAAACAACGAGAUAUUAAAGAAUUAUUAUGAGAAGGUGAAUAAAAACAACUCUUCGUUAGAAAAAGACGAUGACCCUCCUCCUUUGCCUCCGAGAAUAGCAUCUUUGUCGCAUAAAAUGAGUGAUAUAAGCUCGGAUGAUGUAAGCUUGGAUGAUAAUAUAAGCUCGGAUGAUGAUUCAAGUACACCACCUGAUAAGCCGUUACCGAGUGAACCACCGAAUCACGCAGAAUGGAACACGAAAGACACGGAGAUUAUAUUCAUAAAUUGUACAACUGAACAAAGCAACAAAGAUGUUUUGAUACAUGAGGAAACCUCUUUCAACGAUAUUGAUAAUUCUCUCCAGACAAACAAUUCUCCGUCCAAAUCAGACACGAAAGGAGAAGUACGUCGGCGCAAUCGGGAGAAAAACGAACGAUUAGCGGCACAAGUGCGCGAGAUGAAACGCCGACAGAAGGAAACGGAAGAAUGGCAGAAGCUCAAGAGGUCAUUAUUUACGCCCCUUACAAUAGGCAUAGGAAUUGGGAUUGGUGGGGGUAUCGUAGCGCUGUAUUAUUAUCUGUAUAUGCGUAGCUAAAUCUACCGUCUCGCGUUUAAGGAUAUCGUACAUACCUAUGUACGUACCUACAUGUGGAUUUUCAGCAACAUUUGAAUGACAGAUCAUCAAAAAAGGUUACUCUUAACACAUGAUAUUCUCUAAUGCAAGAUUAGGUUUAGUUUUUCAUAACCUGAUCUUGGUUAAAAUAUCUUUGAGAGAAUAAUCGAAGAAGAGUGACCCACAUUAUAAUUGCGCAUUACCAGCGAUAUCGCAAACAAUCUUGUUUUCACUAUGGAAACAAUAAGCGAAAACAAAAAACAUUCAAAGAAAAAGAAUAUCGCUAAGAAUUAACCAAAAUAGUAUAUUGUUAGAGCACGCUGCUAUGUUCGAGCAGUAAUAAUUGCAGAAUCGGAAAUCGACUAAGGCAGAAAAAGGAAAUAGACUUUCGAUUUGUAUUUUUAUAUUGUGAUUUAUUCGACAAGUACCUAGAAUGUUAGGACGUAUCAUAUGUUCUCUUCACAAUUUUUUUAUUGUCCUUAAAACUACUAUCAAGAAGCGAGUAGAUUAUUUGAUAUACGCGCUUACGGAAACGUUUUAAUGAGAGCAUAAGGAGUAUAUAGAAAGUUAUUAGCUUUCUUCAUGCUUUUUUUUCUAAUUUCUCAUAGAUAAAAAUAUUUAGCCCAGAGAUUUGCUCUAAUUGUACAAUAAACCAUAUAUAAUUAUAUAUAAUUAUAUGAUUAGAUUUACAAUUCUGAUUUAUAUUAAUUCAGUCUUCUUAUUCACACAUUAUAGCAAUAAUAAUAAACUCAUAUAGCGUUACAUAUAACCAUACUUAAAAUUAUGGUUAUAUAAAGUUAAUAUGAAAAGUCAGUUUUAAUUUGAAAGACUAUAUUCUAUAUCUUUUGGAGGAUGAGUGAUAUUGAUUUCGUCAUUUUCUGUAAGUAAUACGUGAAUGCACAUUUUUAUAUUAGUACUCGAUAUUUUUCUUGUAAUUCAAUUAACAUAAUCGAUAAGCAAGUAAGAUGCAGAUUAAAUUUCUGCGAUUUUUAAUGAAUCAUUUCUAAAUAUGUGAAUAAUUAGGCUUAUUAUUAAUAAUAUAUUUCAGGGUAUCAAAAUCUUUCUGGUUCAUCAUCAGAUAAUUUCCAAAUUAGAUUGAUAUUUUUAAAUUAUAAAGUAAUGAAUUAAAAAAGCUAAAAAAGCUCGUAAUGAUAAACUUUUUAAUUCAUAGUAAUGUUCAUGUUGAAAAAUGUGGGUUUAAUUGAUUUGGAAAUCAUUUAAUUUCUUUAAUAGCAUUAAAUAGAAGUACACUAAUAAUAGAUCUAGAAAGAAAUUGUUAAGAAGUUUUAUUCUCUAGUUUCAUAGAUGUCUUUUUAAUUAUUUAUUAAUUGAAGUAGAUUCUAUUAUGUCUUACAAAAACAUUAAUAAAAAAGUUUAGAUUAUACAUAUAUAUAUUGAUACUUUAUAAACUGAUUUUUCAAAGAUAUUUUUUACUUGAUAUGGUAAUCUCACUUGAAUUUUUUAUUGUUGAUCUAUGAGUAAGAUAUAUUUUCUUUCUUAUUUGCGAUCUUUUUAUUUUAUUUUUUUUUUUUUUUUGUUACAACAAAAAUUUUAUAUUUGUAUUUUGUAAAUUAGUGCUGCUCUUUCUACUUGCAACUUUCGGCUAGAUUUUGAUUCAUGCUUAUUAUUUCCGUACUUAUUCAUUCGUUGCAAUGAGACGCUUGAUGCGCGUAUGUAUUUACAUAUAAUAAUAUUAACAUAUUACUAUAUAUAUGUGUAUAUAUAUAUAUAUAUAUAUAUCAUAUAUACAUAUAUACAUAUAUACAUAUAUACAUAUAUACAUAUAUACAUAUAUUGUUAAUUAUGCGCAUCCAACAUUUUGUUGCUAACGCGCGAGCAAUAAGUGGAAAUGUAGUAGAAUCACGAAAUCGAAAGUUACAAGUAACUAACAGCACUAUUGUAAAUUAUCAUCUAAGAUGUCGUAACAUUUGAUCCAGCUAUUCGUGUUAGAACUUGCUAUUUAUACGAAUUCUAUUAUUUUACACGGUAAUAUAGAAUUAUAGAAAUGAUUAUUUUACUCUGCAACAAAACAUUCCUAAUAUAUGGAUAUCAGCUUUAAAUUUUUCUUACAUUUUUAAAUGAAAUUAUUUUGGACUUUAGAAACAUGUGAAAAAAUUGAAUUACGUCAUGUUUAUCAAAAAAUCCUCUCGUUAUCACGUCCGAUCAUUAUUAUUUAUUUAUAUCGUUAAUUGAGUGACAAAGUAGAUGUCAUAAAUUUCGAAAUUACAAGAACGAUAAAUCUUUGCUAGCACAAAAAGAAAAUAGACGCGGGAAUAUAUUCUGUAUACAGCAAAGUGUUGUUUCAAAGAAUUAUUAGUGAUUUCUGUGUUAUAGAUUUUCAUUUUCUUCGAGCAUCGUUUUCGUGCAUCUACUUCAAUAUUCGUAUUAAGCUCCAAAAAUUCGAUAAUGAAAUUACAAUAAUCGAUAAGAAACGAGGAAAAGUAAAAAUCUUAGAAAAUGUGUAUUUCAGCUCAUCGCCCAAUAACAUAUAUGUUACAAAUUGUACGUUGGGCGUUGGAUAAAGACUGAGUAUGUCUAAUGACUUCUAGAAAGAUGAAAGGAGGAGGAAGUAAAUGAACGGUAAAAUAAUGAGAGUUAAGCCCGCGUUUUCUUAAGUCGAGCUUUUAUAUAGAUCAUCCUGAGAGAAAGACUUGCCAGAUCGUGUUCCAUCCAAAGAUGAAGCGUAAUGAGAGAAGCGUAUGCAGUUGCGAUAUCUUAAAACGCGCGUCAAAGCGUAUUUUCUACUUUUGUACGUUACUGCCGUUGGAACACGAUCUCCCAACGAGGUUUUAAACACGUCGGAUUUGCGUAUAUUGACAUGCUCUUCGCGUGAUUAUGGAACGGUACGCGGCAAAAGAAAUAAAAAAAGAAUUGAAAUAGAAAACGAAAGAACAAACGAGCAAAAGUACUCCACGCGGAAUUCAAGGGAAUAUGCAGUAUUCUUUAUUGUCAACAACACGUUUUAACUUUAUGCACCUAUAAUAUAUAAUAAUAUAAUACUAUUGUUAUCUAAUUUUUAUCGAGAUAUUAUUUAUGUAAGUAUAUGUAAAACUUCAAUCUCUCUUUCUCACUCUUUAUCUCUUUCUGCAACGAUCCGAUCAAGCGGAAACGGUGCGAUUAAUUUCGCGAGUCGAGUUGAAAUGUAAUUUCGAGGAUGACGCGGUUUCGAAAUUCGCAUUUAUCAAUCGCCGUUUUAUGCCCGAGAAAGAGCGGAGAGAAAUACGAUCAUAGACACUCAUCUCCCCCGUUGUUGACGAUCGCGCGAAGCUUCCGGAAGUGAGACAUACGCUCACGAAAGUUCACAGAUCACGAAGACACGGUGCUAAUUGAAAGUUUCAAAACAAAUGUGCGCUCCGAAGUGCAUGCUUGCGUGUGUGUAUGUGUGUAUACGUGGAUAUGAGAAACGUGAAAAGCGCGCGUGAGAGAAUGAAUGCGUAGGGAGGAUGGGAGCGGUCGUCGAUGUUGAUCGUGCAACUCAAUCAUUAUUUGAGAAAAUUGCGAGCGCAACUUUUGCUCAUUAUUAUCGGAAAUUGAUUUCUUCAUACAAAAUAUUUUCACACAUACACACACAUAGAAUAGUGUAUCUCUAAUCUUUAUUAUAUAAUUUUAUUAAUUUUAUGUCAUUUUUACAAAAAGAAAAAAACAUUAUCUUUUUAUCAAUUAUUAGGAAUAAUUUUUUUUUUCUUUUAUGUACAUGAUAUAAUUUAUUAUUAGCCUCUGAAAGGUCUGACUGAGCUUCGCAAUCAGCAUCGGACAAGACACGAAAGAGCAGAUCCGGCGACACAUCCUUUUAUAUUACUCGUCGUGUGUACAAUAGACAUAAACGUUAUAAAACAAAACAAGCAAAAAACACAGAAACAUAGCUAAGUGCCUACUCGUACAAACAAGGGGAAGAAAGUGAAAACACAGCGAUCGGUAUAAAUAAAGUAACGGUAUCGAUCUCUCCCCUUUUUGAAAGAGCAUAGUCACCGUGGAGAAGCGAACCGUUCUUAAUAUAUAUCUGACAAUAUAUAAGUAGAUAAUUAUCUAGUAAAUCUCUAUCACACAGAUCGUGUGAUUUAUUCGAAAUGGUAUUUUUUAAAUGUUCUCAUUAUAUUUUAAGUAAUAAUAAGAUAUCGUUCUCUUUUUUUAAUUUUUCUCUAUUCUUUUGCAUAUACAAUUUUUAUAUAAAUUUUAUAUAAAUUGUUUUUGUAAUCAAGAAUUUAGUUUCUUUUUGGCAAAUUUGUUUUUUAAUCGAAAAAGAUUAACAUAUUUCGAUACAAAUUUUAAUAAAAAUUUUAUUAAAUACAAUUUUUCCCUAUAAUUUAUCUUACUAAAUUAGAUAUAAUUAAUUUAUUUAGAUUAGAUUAACUUUUCUUGAUAUAUGUAUCGAGAAAGAAAGGCCAUUUCGAAUUAAUCAAUUUAUCAUAAUUUCCGGAUUGCCGAGCGUUCGUGCUUCAGGGUACAUGCGUAAAAUUGCGCGAGCAAUGAUUCUGAGCUUAUAUAUCUCGAGUAGUAGUUUAUGUUAAGAAAUCGAUUAAAUGAGCGCGCUCAAUUUUGCGCGAAAAAAGUUUGGAUUUGAAACUCUUAUCUCUUCAAUUCAAAGCAAUAUAUACGAUUCGAUCGAUACGCUUGGCAGCCGGAUUAAUAAUAAUGGUAAGAAUCAAGUGUAUGCAUUAGGCAGAUGUAAGAAUGGUAAGACAGGGAAAAUUAAUGAUUCUUGAUUCUCUCUCUUAGAAGCGCAAUCAACUAGAAACAUACACUUUGUAGAUCACGCGAUAUCUUUUAGUCUACGUUAUAUACGACGGGGCCUUUUUACAGUUACACACUGACGAUUAGCCAUCGUCGAAAUGCGAAAAGACGUGAAUUUACCUCAAGAUUAAAAAAAUAGAUAAUUGUAUGUGAACGUGCUUCGAAAGAUUGAGACAAAAGUAUGUGAGAGUAGAAAGAACUGGACGCUUAUUCGAUUAAUCGGCUGUCUUUGAACAAUUAGACAUAAAACGAAUGAUUUUGCUCUAAUUUUUUUAAAAUUAUAUUUUAUCAAACAUUGCAGAAUAAGUAAAAGAAAAUCGGUAAAAAGAACAAAAAUUCUGACAGAAAAAUAUAAAUAAUCUUUUUAUUUUACUUGUGUGUAUUAAAAGUAUUUUGAACAUUUGAGAAACAAUGGUCGAAUAAUCGUAUAGCAUCGGCAAGGAUAACAUUUCUCUCUAGCCCAUUCUGCAUCCUGCAACUCGUACUGUAGUUAAUUACAUUUACGGUGUAUCCUUGUAGGAUUGUAGCGUUGAAUGGUAUUUUAAUAUAUACAAGAUUGGAAUGUGCGCGGUAGAAAAAGGAAAACGGAAAUUGGAAGCGUGUUUGAGAGAAAGAACUGGGCGAAGAAAAAAGAAAAAUAAUAGAUGAAGAGAGAGGAGCGAAAUACGCAACGACCAAAAGAAAGAUUAUUGAAAGACAAUUGAUCGCAUAAGAGACUUUAAAAACUUUAUCUGAAAUUUUACUAACCACCAAUAACUUUAUUAAAUUUCUUUUUUUUUUUUAAUAUAAAAUUCUCAUAAUCUAAUCUCGUCAGAGCUAAUGACCACUCGUCAUGAAUGAGCGCAUUUAUCGAGAAGGCAAAUUAUCGAAUAUCAUUUUAAUUUUUAGAAUUUAUUUGCACACGUAAUUAGCCAACAGGAUGAAGUAAUCUUUUUGUAAAUGAUAUCGAAUCGCUCUCUCUAUCAUCGUUUUGCUCCUUCGCCUGAAUUUCAGGAGGAACGACAACUCACACGGUUAGGCAUUGAACGAUAUUACGAAAGACUUGCAUGCAAUAAAAUAUUAUUUAUACAGAAAUAAGAGAGCAAGAUCGAUGAUCUAGCGAGCAUACAUAUGUAUCGGAUCGAAAUAAUCACUUCUUACGAGAUAUACUUGGCAGAUAUUUUACGCAGCCGGAAGAAAAGCAUUGUGAGAAUAGAAUAAUUCGCAUUGUAGAUUUCAUAUCUUUUAAUUUUGAUUACGAGCCGGAAAUACGUAAUUCUUACAAUAUUAUGCAUUUGUCAUCGUAAAUUUUAUUUUCGCAAAACAUAUUUUCUCUCUGUGGACAGUUGGGAUUCUUGUACUAUAUGGAUUCAGGUAAUACAGAUGUUUUUUACAAACCA